UUAUUUUCCACAAUAUUGUUCAAUAAUAAUAACGAGAGGGUGCAAACGAAGGAAAUCGUUUUUUAAAAAAUAAGGGCAAGUGUGUAGCGACGAUUUUAUAAUAAACACAUGGAUAGUAAUUAUAGAGCGAAUGUUGGUAAAUGGUUACCUCGGGCAUCGGCUACCCUUGAGAAAUGCUUUGCAGAUUCUUUAAAGUUCAAUGAAACAAUAAAUGGACUUGCGGGCCAGAUAGCUGCACUCAUGAAGCAUGAUAUACGAAUAGAUUCUUACAAUAAAACUAACGUUAAUACCAUUGCUAGAUUUAUGAGAAAACUAAUUAAUGAAUUAGUUAGUUGUGCAAAUGAAGAAAACUUAAGGAUAGUUUUUAGGUUAGUUAAUGUUUAUAACAAGUUAUUAAAUGUAGAUCACGAUGUCUCAGAUUUGUCUAUAAAUAUAUUUCAUAAUGAUUGUCCAAACAUGUUAGUAUUAGAAAAACAACUUUCAAUUACUCGCAUAUUAAAGAUGUUAGCUAAGAAUCGAGCCGAAGAAUAUUGUCAUGAGCUUAUCGAUUGCGCUUUAUCAAACUAUCGAUCCACUUGUGAUAAGGAUGAUACAAGAUUUAUUACCCCUAAUGAUGUGGAUAUUUCUGAUAAUUCAAGUAUUGAAAUUUAUCGGACUUUAACAAAACAUUUGACGCUUCCGAUUGCUAAAAUUGCUGAUGCUCAAGAAGCAAACUCUAAUGUAGAAAAUAUACAGGCUUUAGUAAAUACACAAAAUGAUGAAAUUCUUGAAUUACUCAAUAUUAUAAAAAUAAUAUCUCCAUAUUUAUUUGGUCCUGAUACAACAAAAAUGAAUAAUGAUAAAGUCAAAAUACGACGAGCUGCUGUUACAAAAAUAAUUGAAUUUUAUCAAGAGGUGGCAUGGAGUUCAGUAUCAACUAUAUUAGAUCAUGUAGUUCUCUGGUGGUCACCCGAAGCUUUAGCUGUUCGACACGAUGAUGGAUCGAAGCAUUUGAAGGAUUGGUUACAACAAUUUAUUAAAGAAAAAGACGUUCCAUCUACUGUAAGGCCAGCUCUUCAAACUCUAUGUGAUGCGCUCGGAUCUCACAUGACCGUUACGGGUUGGGAUAAAUUUUUUCGAUUAGCAUAUAUUGAUGCGUUUGAGUGUCAGUCAAAGGCGGCAUCCGAAGUUUCCGAGAAAUGCACGAUAAAGGGAACCGAUACGGGACAAAAGUUCGUCGACGUCUUCUAUCUUCUGAUGACUCUAAGUAAUGAAUGCGAGACGGAUGGCGAGUGGAUUGUUGGUGCACCCUUAAUUGAGCUUCCACUAUCUGAACAAAUUGUUGUAUUACAUCGAAUGGAUCAUUCGGUUCACACAAUGCGACUUUGGGUCAUGCAGGAGACCCGUAUGAUAGCUCAUACCUGGGAUCUACAAGUUUUUUUUUUACUAGUUAAAGGGGAUAUUGUCAAUUGUAUAGAUGUAUUGUCUAAUUUAAAGGUUGCAGAUCACAGUAAUAAAUUGCAAGAGAAAAUAAUGAAUGUUCAAGUUUAUGUUUGUGCAAAAAUGCGUGCAAAAAUUAUUUCAGAAGUUAUGGCCAAUAUUCAACUAUUAAAAGAUUCGCCAACUUUAUGUAUUAAUAUUUUGGCAAAAAUUGGUCGAGUCAUCAGUCUCACUAAUCUUCAUAUGUGUUUUCCAAAAUCUAAUUAUUGGAGACAAAAUUUAUCUACGGCUCCAUCUACGACCAGUUUUUACGUUGAAACAUAUUUUGAAAGAGUAUUGCUUCCAGUUCUGAAAGUCAUUGAAGAUUUUGAAAUAUCAAAUAUGAUUCUUCAAAUAAUGUGUGAAGCAUGGUUAGAUCAUAUAUAUUUACAUAAAAUAAAAUUUAGCGAAUGGGGAGCACUGCAAUUACUUACUGAUUUUGCUCAUGUAUUAACAUGGGUUACUAAUUGCUCUAUAAUUUCUGAAAACGUUCGACCGCAUUUAUUAAAAAAUGAAGUAUUACGCAGGUGUGAAGGAGUCGGACGUUUACUUCUUCGUCACCCAGGGGAGGCAAUUUCAAUGAACAAAAAGCUUCUUAAAAAAACUACGCAAAAUGGAUCAUUUGAAUCAUUUGGACUUGAAAGAAUGCCAGCUGAAAUGUACGUUCCAAAUCAGGAACAAUGGUUGGAGCUUCGAGCAGCAAAGCGAUUUAAUUUUUGCUGUCUAUAA